AUGAAGCCAUACAAUCUGUUGAAAGUCUUAUUGGUUGCGGCAUCAGUGGCCGUUGGCGUCGAGGCUGUCAAUAAACUAGCUGCUCUUUCCUCAAGAACUGGUCGAGCAAGCACUGGAAACACCCGCAAGUUCAUUAUUGAAGUCGAGCCGAAUCAAGGCACGACCACAGUGACACGCCAACUCCUCAUGAAACCUGAUCGAAAAAGGCCUUUGUUCCAGAGCUUUGAUUGUAGUGAUGUUUUCAACGGGAUGGUGGUUGAAACUGACACAGAUAAUAUGGAUACAUUGCUCCAGAUGGAAGGGGUCGUGAACGUGUGGCAGGCCCACAAAGUGGCCAUGCCAAAAGUCGAGUUCUCAGAGAAGGGCCCAUCUUCAUCUAUAAGGAACUAUUCUAUUCAUCAUUGGACGGGUGUUGACAAACUCCAUGCUGCCGGUAUUCGUGGAAAGGGUUCAACUGUUGCGAUAAUUGACACCGGCAUUGACUAUACUCACAAAGCGCUCGGAGGCUGUUUUGGACCUGGAUGCAAAGUUAAAGGGGGUUAUGAUCUUGUCGGAGCAGACUGGGAAACCCAUAAUGAGAGAAUGCAUCCCAAGCAGCCCGAUAAUGAUCCUAUGGACUACCAAGGCCAUGGAACUCACGUUGCAGGUAUCAUUGCUGCUAAGAAUGAAUGGGACCUCAAGGCAGAUGUCAUCACCUCGAGCAUUGGUCAACCUAAUGGCUGGUCAGAUAAUCCCUGGGCUAUGUUAGCCAGCCGACUGGUAGACAAGGGCGUCGUCGUGAUAGCAUCAGCUGGUAACGAAGGAGAGUUUGGACCGUUCUACUCCAGUAGCGGAGCUGUUGGCAGAGGAGUUUUAGCUGUCGCCGCUGCUAAUGUUACUACGAAGCCAAAUGCUAACAGGACUGGCGAGGAUCUCGGGCCACUUCCCGUCUAUUUCACAACAUGGGGCCCAACCAACGAGUUACUUCUUAAACCUGACAUUACCGCCCCUGGAUAUAUGAUCAUGAGCACUGUACUGAACCAAAGCUACGAGGAGCUGAGUGGGACAUCCAUGUCGGCGCCCUACAUUGCAGGCAUUGCGGCUUUGUUCGUGGGUCGGUACGGCGGUCGUGCUUUCAAUGGUGCAGGCUUUGCCAAAAUGCUCAGAGAUCGCAUCGCAUCGAGUGGAACGACCCUACCGUUCGUCAAUAAUCGUCUAAUGCGCAAGUAUAAAGCCUCGCCUUUCCAGGUUGGUACUGGACUGGUUGACGCCUGGAAAGUCCUCAACUAUGAUACUCAACUCGAGUAUGAGCCUUUUUCUCUCAUGGAUACAGAGCUGUUUCGGCCUCGAUGGAGUUUCAACAUCACCAAUACUGACGGUAUAGCACACGAAUACACCUUUAAGCUUGAACCCCAAGCUGGCUUCAACAUAUACGAUCCCGAAUAUGGAGUGGCUUUACUCUAUGCUAUUGAGCCCAAAAACAUUGUCCCUCCUGUGAGACUCCCGCACAGGGUUCUAAUUGAACCCGGAGAGACAAGAGAGUUGAGGUAG